GCCGAAGAGUGUGAUGUGUCCUGUGAUCGACGUGAUCGACCAGGAUACCCUCGACUACCGUGCUGCUGGAACUGUACUCAAAGGAGGGUUCGACUGGGGUCUUCACUUCCGUUGGGUCCCUCUUACAGAGGAAGAAAAGGUUAUGCGAACUGAUCCAACAGCUACUUACAGAUCACCAGCUGUCGCAGGCGGCCUCUUUCUCAUCUCCCGCAGCUGGUGGGAAGAGCUGGGCAAGUACGAUGAUGGCCUUGAUAUCUGGGGGGCAGAAAACCUUGAGAUGUCAUUUAAAGCAUGGCAGUGUGGAGGCAGUGUGGAGGUGGCUCCCUGCAGCCGUGUUGGCCACGUCUUCCGUAAGAAACAUCCUUAUACAUUCCCUGAUGGCAAUGCCAACACUUACCUCAAGAACUCCCGAAGAGUGGCAGAGGUGUGGCUGGAUGAAUUCAUUCAUUUUUUCUAUGAGACAAGACCCAGCGCCCUCCAGAUACCAUACGGAGACAUUGGAGAUAGAAAGGAGCUGCGGUCAAGGCUGAAGUGUCGUGGGUUUGGCUGGUACCAGAAGACCAUCUACCCAGAACUGGCCACACCUUCCAGACAUGAGCUGGCCUAUGGUCAGCUUCGCCAGCGUAACCUGUGCCUCCAGGGACCAGCUCACCUCCUCCAGACCAGGUACAACUAA